AUGGAGAGCAUCCACGGCGUCGACGUCGGCUGGCUGCACCACACCCGCAAGGCCUCUGGCAAAGGUGAGCUGUCGCCGCCGAGUCCAAGUCUGACCCACGAUGCGAACAAACACUCCUACUUCCCCGGCCCUGUAACGCCUCCAGCGCUAUCAACACCCGUCAGCGACAACACCACGGCCCUUCCAAUCACGCCAUCCUCGAAUCCAAACGCCAAGACGCAGUCCAAACGCCCUGGUCUGCUGAACCGAGCUAGCUCGGAAAAGGUCAGUGGAGACGGUAAAGGUCCACCACGACGUAGCUCCUGGAUCUCCAACAUCAGCAACAAGUUCUCCACUUCGCAGGCGACUCCUGAGCGUCCUGGCGUGCAAUCAACGCAAUCGGCUCCGUCCCAAUAUGGCUCUUCUCCAACACCCACCAGCAAUGUGCCAGCUCAGUCUCCAGAAGCCAGCGAGCCGUCCGAAUCCAUGUCUUCCACGCCAAAGGGAUCGUCGUUCUUCUCCAGCCUUACGCGCAAACUAUCGUCAAAUUCUCAGGUUGGGAGCACGCCAAAGGUGAACGGCAAGGGUGGAUUGUGUCAACGUAGAGUGCUGAACGUAGACCCAAACCGCGAACGAUGUCUUGUACCGGAGAUGGACGAAAGCAGGUUGAGAAAGGUAUCUUUCUGCGUGGAUGUCGAGAUUGCAGGGGGCCCACGUUACAACGAUGACGAUGAAGAUGACGAGGACGAUCAAGAGAAGAAGCGAAGAAACAAGGCUGCUAAACUCAAAGAGAAGGCAGAAGGCGAGGCGCUGAAGCAUCCUGAAGCUAUCAAAGAAGCGAAAGAUGAAGGUGAAGAGCAGAAGCUUGAAGGCAAGAACAAGCCCUUACCGAACCCCAAGGAUAUCCCAAAUGGAAAAGAUGUAGGAGAAGAAGAUGAGGACCUCACAAGUCCACCCACCGCGGGAGAGAAGGUGAUGAGUGACAAGAAGAAGGAAAAGAAGAAGCGUUCUGAGGAAGAGCGCAAAGAACGCAAGGAGAAGAGACGGCGGCGUGCUGAAGAAAAUGGAUCGAUACCUGUUGAACUUUCACUGGACGAUGGCGUUGCUACCGGACUCGAUUCAGAUACUAUUUCAUUCUCAUUUCCCGACCGAAAGCCUCUGCCCAACCUGUCCACUGGAUCGACACCAGAUCCAAAGCGCGACAGACCAACAACGGAUCCUGUGAGAAUAUACAGGCGGUGUUGUCAGCUUCGAGAAACGCCGAUCCUGAAACGAAUCACCGAACAACUCAUGUCACCGACUUGCUGCGUACCGUACGAGCCUGGUGUGGUCAAUUGCCUUGAUCUUACAGGAUCAAGAUUGCAACUGGCUGAUAUGAUCACCCUUGGCGACUGGCUUGCUGUUGUACCAGUGAAGAGGCUAUUGUUGGAGGACGCCGAUCUCAGCGACGAAGGCCUUCGUUGUAUCCUCGCCGGUCUUCUCGCGGCGAAAAAGCCUGAGCCAACGAAGCGGAAGAGUACAUCGCCGAAGCAUCGACAAGGAAUGCAACCCAGACCUCACCGAGAACGUAGCGGCGUUGUGGAGAAGCUCACGAUCAAGAACAACCCUCGCAUCACCCGCAAUGGCUGGAAACACGUCAGUCUCUUCCUGUACAUGUGUCGAUCCAUCAAGGCGUUCGAUGCGUCCAUGAUUCAAUUCCCAGACAGCUUACCACCCAGUGCGCACAACACACCAGCCAAAAGCCCUCAGAGCCCUCCCGCUGGACAGGAUACGGAUGCGGCCGAGACCUUCUUCAAAUGCUUGAGCCAACGGUUUGGUGGCAGCAAGCUGGAAGAACUCAUCCUCUCCGAAUGUGGAAUGACCGCGCCUCAGAUUCGAAAGAUUGUGGAUGGAGCUAUCAUCUGCGGGAUCAAUCGGUUGGGUUUCGCGGGCAACCAUCUCGAUGAGGAGGGUCUGGAAGCGGUUAUCCACUACCUGAAAUCUGGUGUCUGCGGUGGCCUGGACAUUGGCGGGAACGACCUUCGUGGCAAGCUGGAUGCGAUUGCAGAAGCACUAAACAACCGAGCUGGAGUCACCUGCUGGGGAUUGAGUCUCGCUGAUUGCAAUCUUGACACGAGUUCAGUCAAGCCGCUGUUCCCGGCUCUAGUAAAGUUGCCCAACUUUCGCUUCCUAGACCUGAGCCACAACCCAGAUCUUUGUGGCCAGGACAAUGGUACCAUCUCUCUACUGAGAAGGUAUAUCGGGCAGAUGAAGUACCUAAAACGUAUCCAUCUUGCCGCAGUGAACAUGAGCCCCAAGCAAGCCAUCGCGCUUGCUGAUGUGCUCCCUGAAGGACCCGAGCUGGCCCAUAUGAACAUACUGGAGAACCCGCAGUUGACAGCGCUUGCCAACGCUACGGACGAGGCCAACCAGGAAGAGGCAUGUGCGCUAUACGCGAGCUACAUGGCUGCGGUCAGAGUAUCAACGACCCUUAUCUGCAUUGACAUUGACGUGCCUUCGUCAGACAACAGCGAAGUCGUCAAAGCACUAGCCAAGCAGAUCGUUGCAUACUCUCUACGCAACAUGGAGCGCUUCGCUGUGGUAGAGGCUACCGGCAGCAGUGCGGCAUCGGACGCUGCCGCUUCACUCACCCAACCUCACGGCGGAGAGCAGCAGCUGAAGGAAAUCACCGUACCGGACGUUCUGAUGCACCUGGUGGGUCACGUGGAGGGUAACAGCGAGAACCACGACAACGACGACCCAGCUCCCGAUACGGAUUACCUGGUUGGUGGUACUGGUGUCGUGAAAGCCUUGCAAUAUGUCCUCGGCGAGAAAGCGGACGACCUUCGGCGGAGUAGCCUUCCAAGCUCGCCCAUCUCAGGCAGUAGAACACCACGGGACCGACCAAGUUCAUCCGCUGGCUUCGACGAACAACAGCAAGUCAAGGCCAAGAAGAUGAGCAAGAACCUAUUGGACAGCGCCCGCAAGAUCCGAUCGAGGCUCCAACCAGCAAUCGCCAAGGAAUCCAACGCAGGCGACGAGAUGGCGAUGCGCCGACUCCUCUUCCUAGACUCGACCCUCUCCAGCAUGAUCCAGCGCUUCGAAGAAGAAUACCCCGAAACGCGAAUCGUGCCCCCCUCCCCCAAACAAGCCCCCUCCCUCGCCUCCUCCACCACCGAACAAUCCGCGCCCCUCUCCAUCACCACCCAAGGCACCGAAUUCACCAACAAAUCCGACGACGAAGACGAAUUCGACGAUCUCUCCUCCUUCCGCCCCGCCGUCUCCCGCCACAACAGCGACGUCUCCCUCGCCUCGCGCGCCCUCGCCAUCGAAGAAGGCCACCUGCACCGCCUCGGCCAACGCAUGCGCCGCAGCAUCGUCGACUCGCCCUCCGCCCUCUCCGCCGCCGACGACCCCUCCGCCACCGCGCCCUGGAAAGCCGACGAGGAGCGCCGUCUGAAAGCCCUGGCGCAGAAAGUCGAGGCCAUCACCGGGCCUGAACUCAAGGAUCUCGUCGAGAGCAAUGGCUGGGAGGUCGCCAUGGGGAAGGUCGGCGCGAAUAUGCAUGAUUUGCGCGCGUUGCAGGAGGCGGAUCCGCAGGCUUGGGAGGAUUUCAAGGAGAGUCAGAUGAAGGCGAGGAUGAAUUUGGCGCAGGAUGCGAGGAGUAAAUGA